AUGCUGGUUGCACUGGCGCAAUGUUGUCCACAAAAAUUGCAAAAUCACUUUUAUGCACUUAUUUAUGAUCAGUGGCAUGUGUCCGCAAGAGGUUUAAGAUAUUUACAUGAGAAAUCAGGAGCGGAUGAACGAUACUUAGCGAUCUUCAUCAUUUCCGGCAUUUCCAUCUAUCUCAUCAUUGGUGAUUAUGCUCGAUUUGUUGCCAAUACGAUCCUUACCGUGGUACCGAUCUUGCUCACCUAUGUUUAUCCGGAAGAGAAGCCACCAUCUGAUAAUCUUUUAUGUUACUGGUUUAUAUACUUUACAACAACAUUGUUUUUGGAUCCGGCAUUAGAAGACAAAGGAAGUUAUUAUUGGAUGAAAAUGCUCCUGCUAGCAUUACUUAUAGCAUUUCCCGUAGAAGCUGAAGUUACAAAAAAUGAAAGCAAUCAGCAGGAAGAAAUAAUGACCAUAUCAAACAAAAAUUUAAGUGAGAAAGAUAUAUCCGACCAACGUCUUUCCAGUCUUUCCAAGGAAUCCAUGCCUGCAACAAUUCGGCAGAAUCAGAUUCAUUCUGAAAAACGAGAAAUCCCUCCGCUUGCUCUACAACUGGAUUCAAGGACAGAAUCUUCCAUUCUCACUAAUGACGAAUCUUUGACUACUCCAAUAAGAGAAUCUUUAAUUGUUUCUGAAAAUAAGCCUUAUGUGUUCCAAAAAGACUCUCGAACUGCUUUACGAGAGAAAUCCGAGUUAACUACAGAAAAGGACCAAUUCAAUCAAGCUCCGAAAAAAUCGCAUGUGCUUCAAGGACAGAAAUUUCUGGAUAUUUCUAUUUUAAAGCCCGAAAUAAUCUCUGUACAAGAAGUUCCGACUUCUUCUAUCAGGGAAUCUCAAAUGUUACCUGCAGAUGAAUUGAGGAUUGCUCAUGAAGAGACACUACAACUUGCACCGGUGAAGAUUUCUCAAUCUGGUUUCGCUAAACAGAAUGAGGGAACUUUCUCAAAGGGACCACAAACUUUCCCUGCAUGGAAGCCUCAACUUACAUGUUCCAAGGAACAUGAUAACAUAUAUGCAAAAACUGUACAGAAAUUACCAAUUGUUCUGGUAACUGAUUCUACAGCAGUUCCUGUAAAAAAGUGUCAAGUCACUCCUUUGAAAGAAUCUGAAGAUUCUAUAAUGAAGGAAUCCAAGAUUGACUCUAGUUCAGAUGAAGAAAUUCAGACUGCCUGUGUUAAGGAUUAUGAAGCUAUUCAUUCAAAACAGUUGAAAAUCUCUACUGAGAAAAAAUUUCAGGAAGGAUAUCUGAAUGUCCCUGUGAGGAAGUGUCAAAACAUUUUACCUGAUGUACCUAAAAUUAUUUCUACGAACGCAGUUUCACCGUUAAGAAUUUCCACGGCUACUUUUACUGAGCAGUCUCAAAACAUUUCAAAUAAAGAGAUCGAGAAACCUCAGUUUGUUUUACAACAUGAAGCAGUUUCUGUAGAAAAACCGCAAGUUCCUGUGGCUCCUUCGGUUGCUGUAAGGGUUCCUAUGAUUUCCGUAAAGGAAGGUCAAACCUUGCAUGAAAAGGAAUCCCAUAUUCUUCCAACAUUUAAGACUGAUCCAGUAGUACAGAAUCCCUCUCACGCGGAGCUUCAGGCUUUUUCUUUGAAGGAGUCUGAUAUAGUGACAGAAGCAGAAACUCAAGUUAAUCACACGGAGGAAAUAAUUACUAGUCCUGAGAAGCAAUCACUGAGCACGUCCGAUGCAAGCACCGAUCCCGAAAAAAGUGGGGAUUCUAAUACGGUAAUUUCUCAAGAUACGUCUGAGAGAAAAAAGUCCACCAACGUCAUCACUUGGGUUGCAACUGGGAAAACUGUCGUUCUAAUACAGAAUGUGCAAACUGAAAAGGCUAGUCUGCUUCAAAUUUCUUACUAA